AUGAGAGUUUUGGAAGCUGAUCCUUCUAUUGCAUACAAAAUGGGCAAAAAUAGAAAACAUCGGAUAAGGAAAGCAAAAGAGAAUGAGGUAGAAGAGUCAAGUGAAGAUGGAAAUGGAUGCCCCCAUGUUUCGAAAGCUGUCAACCUGGCAGCAAUGAGAAAAGCUGUGCAGAAGUCGGAUAUCACCCUAGGAGAGUGCUCUGGUUGCGUUAAAGAUGGUUCUAAGUCAUCUUCACGAGACCUCUUUGGGGGUUUAAUUGAAGGUGCACCCCCGGCAGAUGGGGAUGAUCUGGAGCCGCUGGAGACUACAGUAUGCAUUUGCUUACAAUGUGGCUACCAGGGCUGUGAUCGUAACUCCCACAACAAGCACGCACUGAAGCAUUACAAAACACCACAUUCGGGUAUUCACAGCAUUGUUGUUAAUCUGACUACAUGGGUCACAUGGUGUUACAUAUGUGAUGAAGAGGUCCCCCACAAUCCCAGGAUACAGGGUUGUAUAGACUUUCUGCAGAAGCAGUCAGGGAUUUCAAAGCCAGACCCGGUUCCUUUACCAGGUCGAUCAUUAGAAAGCCCAGUUGCGGAAGCAGCCCCAGUUUUUGUUAAUACUCCUGUAGGUAAAAACACCAGCCCAGUAUCUUGUAUGAAAGUCAAGGGUCUGAGCAAUCUUGGAAAUACAUGUUUCUUCAAUGCUGUGAUGCAGAGCUUGUGCCAGACGAGAGGCCUAGAGAACUUGCUGGUUGACCGAUGCAAGGCUGGCAGACUGUACACAAUACCUGCCCCAGAGUCCAGUAAGGACACAGAUGCUAGUUCCAGUGAUGAUGACAAAGAAGAUGAAGCCCCAGUGAAAUCUAAACUAUCAAGUAUACAAACAGUAUUUGGAGAUCCUGGACCGGUGAUGUUGGCUUUACUGAACUUUGUUCAAGAGAUGAGGGGUGGCACCACAAGAAAUGGAACGGUUAACCCAAUAGCUCUCUUCACUCAAGUUUGUAAAAA